GAGAAUGCUGAGCUACAGCAGAACCUGAUGCAAACAGUGGUCUGCAUCGAGAGCCUGGAGGCGGAGCUAGCCAGGGCCAGGGAGGAGCUUAGCCACAUGAAGGAGAAGUUCAAGAGGUCAGGGCUCAUGAUAAUAUGGUGACGGCAGUGGAGGCUGGCAUUGGAGGAGCUAUAGGAGGACGGGCAUACAACAUAGGCCCAGAAUUCAUAGCCAGAUCCCUGCUUAUGAUGCUGUCUCUCUCUGCUGCAGGCUCCAGGACACACACACAGGUACCCAGCACACCAACAGCCUUCUGGGGGAGAAACUGCACUCAGCGACUGAGAGCCUUAGCUCUGAGAGGAAGUAUAUGGUGCAGCGUAUCGCCCAUCUCAGCACAGAGCUGGAGCAGGCCAACGCCACCAUCGCCUCUCUGGAGAACAUCAAUGUUCCCUGUCUGAUCAAGGAGCUCCUAGAGAAGCACUUUGACUCUGGAGACGCUGUCAAGCAGUUCCUGAAGAACGCCUUGAAAACCGGCCAAUCUACGGGCGACAUCGAAUCACCGGCUCCAAAACUGGAGCAGAAGCCGUCUGAUUGGUCAAGCGUAGGACUGAGGGAGUUUGAGGCAGGUCCACAAAAUGUCACUGCUUUUAUGCCCUGGAAGCAGGAGGAGGGGUUUGGGGUGAUAGGUCAGACAGGAAAUGAGGAUUCUAGCUCGAUGAGUCCCCCUUUCUCCGUCGCUGACAUCAGUAUGGCUAUCUAUAAGAAACUAGCUGCCAGCCAAGCAGCAAGACAGCCCCGGCCUUCCAACUACCAACCUCACACUGACACCCCUCCCGACCCAUACCCUCUGGUGGAGUUGGGUACAGGGGGUGCAGCGGGGGAGGGUUACCUUGUGCCUGCUGUCAAGGGGUGUGUGGCAGAGGCAGGGAGAGCAGCUGAGAGUAAGCACGAUGCUGUUGUUGAUGUGUCCUAUCUGACGACCCAGAGGGUUUUAGAUGACUUCCUGCACCAGCUGACGCACCCAGAGGAUGCGAGUGGAGGUGGGGGGAGGGGGCAGAACUGACGAGAGGGGGGCGGAGUGAAAGGAACCUAUGAACUUCUGUAAUUGUAACCUAAUCUCGCAUAGGCUAGGAUUGUUCAAAUUGUGACGGUUUCUUUGUGAUGGUUUGUUUGUGAUGGUUUCAGGCCUGUAGUUCUGCAUUUAUUUGACUCACUAAAUGUCACUAUACAUUUCAGUGAUAGCAUUGUAAAUAUUACAUUCUGUUUCCUUCCCAAAUGUCUUGUUGUGCAGUGGUAAAGAAAGUAUUAGACUUAAACAAUGAAUUUGCAUACUCACAGAAUAUAAUUAUUGAUUCAAGUUUACAAUGUGGUACAGUUCCUUCUUUCCCUUAUGAAGUGAUGCAGAAUUGAAAGAGUUUUUGGUUCAUGUUUAGACAGUGAGUAGAAUUUUCUAUUUUAUAACAAUGACUGCUAUUUUGUAAGCUCCAGUAAGCCAUUGAAGUAACCUUCUUAUCUGAAAAACAUCAAUCCAUCCACUGUGUUUUGGGCUAUCAUGUCACAGGACCUAGAUUUUAACCUUUCUUUUAGCCUUAUCCAGAGAUAUUAAUUACACCAACAAUGAAAGUACUUGUCUGAUGAUGGUGCUGGACCGUCUGACAUACAAAGAAAAGUGGACAGUUUGAUGAAAAUGCUUUAAAUAAAGGUUGAAAUACAGGUCAUAUGACAUGAUUGUCCAAAACACAGGGCCCUACUUAUGAAUGCUAUGCUGUACAUCCUAAUAAACUCUCUUAGCUAAAACUGUAUAAAGUUGCUGUCAUCCCCCCAAAAUACAUUUCAUGUUGUAGAUCAAUAAAAGGACUGAUUCUAAA